CCCAUUUCUCCUCUCCUCCCCAAAGAAGAAAACCCUAACUCUCUGUCUCCCUCUCUAACCCCACAACACAAUGGCCCCCUCCAACGAGCAGCACCUCCUCUCAACGGAGAUCGUCAACCGCGGCGUCGAGCCCUCGGGCCCCGACGCUGGCUCCCCAGCCUUCUCCGUACGUGUCCGCCGCCGCCUCCCCGACUUCGUGCACUCGGGGGUCAACCUUAAGUACGUGAGACUUGGGUACCACUACCUGAUCAACCACGGCGUGUAUCUGGCCACGGUCCCCGUGCUCGUCCUCGUGUUUGGGGCCGAGCUCGGGAGCCUCAGCAGGGACGAGCUGUGGCGCAAGCUCGUGGAGGACGCGCGGUAUGACCUCGCCACCGUGAUCUCGUUCUUCGCCGUGUUCGUGUUCACGCUCUCUGUCUACUUCAUGUCCCGGCCCCGGUCCAUCUAUCUCGUCGACUUUGCAUGCUACCGCCCCAACGAUGAUCUCAAGGUAAGCAAGGAGCAGUUUAUUGAGCAAAUGCGAAAAUCGGGUAAGUAUGAUGACGGGACCUUGGAGUUCCAGAAGAGGAUCCUGCAGUUCUCCGGGAUGGGGGAUGAGACCUACAUCCCAAAGCCGGUGCUGGCGGGAGAGAACUGUGCCACCAUGAAGGAGGGCAGGGCCGAGGCAUCGGCUGUUAUGUUCGGUGCCCUGGAUGAGCUGUUCGAGAAGACCCGUGUCCGACCCAAGGACGUCGGCGUCCUCGUGGUGAACUGCAGCAUCUUCAACCCGACCCCGUCCCUCUCGGCCAUGAUCAUCAACCACUACAAGAUGCGGGGGAACAUCUUGAGCUACAACCUCGGGGGCAUGGGGUGCAGUGCAGGGAUCAUCGCGAUCGACCUAGCUAGGGACAUGCUGCAGGCGAACCCUAACAACUACGCGGUCGUGGUGAGUAGCGAGAUGGUAGGUUACAACUGGUAUCAGGGCAAGGAUCGGUCAAUGAUCAUUCCCAACUGCUUCUUCCGAAUGGGAUGCUCCGCCGUCCUGCUCUCGAACCGGCGUCGGGACUACCGAAGAGCCAAGUAUCGGCUUGAGCACGUGGUCCGGACGCACAAGGGCGCCGAUGAUCGCAGCUUCAGGUGCAUCUACCAAGAGGAAGAUGAGCAGAGGUUCAAGGGCCUGAGAGUGAGCAAAGAUCUCGUGGAGAUCGGGGGGGAAGCCUUAAAGACCAACAUAACCACCCUCGGUCCGCUCGUCCUGCCGUUCUCCGAGCAGCUCUUCUUCCUGUCCACCCUGUUCUGGCGCCACUUCUUCGUCGGCGGCUCUGACCCUGCCCCGAAGAAGCCCUACAUUCCCGACUACAAGCUUGCAUUUGAGCACUUCUGCAUCCACGCAGCGAGCAAGACCGUACUAGACGAGCUUCAGAGGAAUCUGGAGCUGAGCGACCAGAACCUGGAGGCAUCCAGGAUGGCCCUUUACAGGUUCGGGAACACGUCCAGCAGCAGCAUCUGGUACGAGCUGGCCUACUUGGAGGCAAAGGAGCAGGUCCGGGGUGGUGACCGCGUGUGGCAGAUCGCUUUUGGCUCUGGGUUCAAGUGCAACAGCAUCGUCUGGCGGGCCAUCCGCCGUGUCUGCAAGCCCUCAAGGAACCCGUGGCUCGAUUGCAUCGACAGAUACCCAGUGCCUGUCUAGGAUGAUCCUACUGCAUCCGGGCUUACUAUAUAUUCACCUAUAUAUAUGUAUUGUAUUGUCUCUCAAAGUAGGACAAAGGCAAAGCUUGCUGUUUAAUGCUUUUGGGAUUUCGGUUUAUAUGAUUAUAGUUUGCCAAUGGCAUUUCUGCCGAUUUCUAGUUCAAGAGACGGGAAAAUAAGUGUCUUUCGUACAAGUUCCGAUUAAAACUGA